AAACAAAGAGAGAAAGAAACGACUUUUAAAUUUAUAAAUGUAAACGAUCAGUCCACGAACCGUGAAAACUUGGUAUUAUACGUCCCUGAGACUUGAAAGAAUUAUAUCAUCAUCACUACUCACUAGGCGUAUAUAACAAUAGCUCUCAAGUUUUUUCAAUUUUAUAUCCUUUGGUGGGUAAGAUUAACAGGGCGCGACGAGUGAUGGAAGUUCAAGGUGUGCAUGACGGCAAACCUCAAGCUGACGGCGAAUGGUCCACCGGUUUCUGUGAUUGCUUCUCGGAUUGCUCCAACUGUUGUAUAACAUUUUGGUGUCCUUGCGUUACGUUUGGCCAAAUUGCCGAGAUUGUUGACCGAGGUUCCUCGUCAUGCGGUACGACCGGUGCGUUGUACGUUUUACUGGCGGCACUCACGGGUUGUGGAUGCAUUUACUCGUGCUUUUACAGAACCAAGAUGAGAAGACAAUAUAAUCUUAAGGGUAGCGAAUGUGGAGAUUGUCUCAAACAUUUCUUUUGUGAGCUUUGUGCCUUAACGCAAGCCUAUCGCGAGCUCCACAACCGCGGUUUUGAUGUACCCCUCGGAUGGCACGGAAACGUUGAACGUCAAAGUGGCGGCGUAGCGAUGGGAGCUCCGGUUGUGGAGGGCGGCAUGAUGAGAUAAAUUACAUUGCCGUAUGUAUAUGCGAAUUACUUAUCUUUCAUUUUCUUUGAAAUAAUGACAUUAUUCGGGUUUGUGACUUUGUCUUUGUGUUUUUUGGCUCUCUUGUGUUUGCUUGUAUAAAAUUUAUUUAAUAAUUGGUCAUGCAGUUGUGACUUUGUUAGAAUUUUAGCGAAGGCAAAAAAGCGGUCCUAGUUAUAUAGUUUGAUUUGUUCAUUGAAGUAUAUUAAUGUUUGGGC